AGAGGAGCUUCGCAUUCCCUUCCCUCUGCGGUACUGGGGUCUCCGCAUCGGACCUCGGCCACCAUGCCGGUUAUUACCACCUGCGCCACACUCAUGAUGCCAGGAUGUUCUAUUUCUUUUUCGAAUCCCGCGGCAGCAGGAAUGAUCCUGUUGUGCUAUGGUUAAGCGGAGGCCCCGGCUGCAGCAGUUCACUGGCUCUGUUUUAUGAGAACGGGCCCUUCAAGAUAUCAGACAACAUGUCUCUCAUUUGGAAUCAGUAUGGUUGGGACCAGGCAUCGAAUAUCAUGUUCGUCGACCAGCCAACAGGAACCGGCUUCAGCUACUCUUCAGAUGACCGCGACAUUCGCUACAAUGAAAAGGGGAUCAGUAACGACCUGUAUGAUUUUCUGCAGGCCUUCUUUUCAGAACACUCGGAAUAUGUGAACAAUGAUUUCUACAUUACCGGAGAAUCGUAUGCUGGGCACUACAUUCCUGCUUUUGCGAGUCGUCUUCACCGAGGAAACAGAAACAGCGAGGGCACUCGCAUAAAUUUGCAGGGUUUUGCUAUCGGGAAUGGACUCACAGAACCAGCAAUUCAAUACCAAGCAUAUCCAGACUAUGCAUUGGAUAUGAGAUUAAUUGGUAAAUCUGAUUACAAAAGAAUAAACAAGCUCUACCCACCAUGCCAAUCUCUCCUCAAAUCUUGUGGGCCAACAGAUCCUUCAACUUGCAGUUCUGCACGAUUCAAAUGCUAUUCUAUUUUUCAUUCAAUCUUGGAUAUCGCCGGAAACAUAAAUUACUAUGAUAUCAGAAAGGAAUGUCUCGGGAGUCUUUGCUAUAACUUUUCGAAUAUAGAAAAGUUUCUCAAUUUGAAGUCCGUUAAAUCAAUUUUAGGAGUUGAAAAUAGGGAAUUUGAAUUAUGUAGUGAUUCUGUGUAUGAAGCACUGGAAGAUGAUUGGAUGAUGAACUAUGAAGUGGGUAUACCUGCACUUCUUGAGGACGGAAUCAAGCUGCUGGUGUAUGCUGGGGAGUAUGAUCUUAUAUGCAAUUGGCUUGGAAAUUCGAGAUGGGUUCGAUCCAUGAAAUGGUCAGGUCAGAAAGAUUUUGUCUCAUCAACCAAGAUUCCGUUCAUGGUGGAUGGGGAAAAAAAGGGAGUCUUACAAAGCCAUGGAGCUCUCAGUUUCUUGAAGGUUCACCGAGCCGGACAUAUGGUUCCUCUGGAUCAGCCAAAAGCUGCACUUGAGAUGUUGAAGCGGUGGACGCAAGGAAAGCUUAAUGAGAUCCCUUCAAACAAUUGAUGUUACUCUAGAAUAAAUAAGUCUCCGUAGUCAAGAGAAAGAAAAUGUAGCAUUGUUUAACCACUAAUACUAACUGUGGAGCUAAUUUAUGUAACUAUUUAGAUUAGUCAUCUAUUAGAACAAUAGAACAGCAGGGGAAGCAAACUCUGUUUCUAAUGUUGCCAAUACAUUGAUAAAGAACAACAUACUGUGAAAAUGUGCA